AUGUUAACAGAGGGAGAUUUGGAAGAGUUGGCGCUUGUUGAACUGGAUGAUGAUUUUUUAGAAACUAAUCUACGCAACGGUAGUGAAAAUAAGGCGUUGGAUGUAGAAUUGAGUCAGCGUUUAGUACAAAGUGUAUGUGAUGAAUUUGUUAGUACAUUUCUUGGCGACGACGGUGUGGCGACAUUACAUCAGUUACUGCAAGAGUGUGAUGCCUCACUUGCAGACAUUGAACACGUUCUUCGUCGCUAUAUUGAUAAUUUGGGACGCAUUCAGCAGGAUAUUGGCGAUGUACGUGAGCGGCUAAAACACGUUCGCGUGCAACUUAGCAACAGACAAGCAGUAGAAACUUUAGUUAAACGUGUGGUUUCACGUGUUGUGGUGCCUCCUGAUGUUGUGCGAGUAAUUGUGCAUAGUAGUGAAGAACAGUUAGGUACACAGUUUAGUCUCAGUACACACCAGUUAUGGUUGUUAUUACAAUACCGAAAAGAGAUUGGUGUUCCGCUUGGUCCUAAUGGGGCACGGGUCUCACUGAUAUCAUGUCCUUUCUAUGCAGAACAGCGAGAGGUGCUGGAUCGCCUGGCAGUGCACGCCUGUGUGAAGGUGCAGCGUUUUCUUAUACGCAAGUUAACUUCACUCGGAGUGCCAAACACAAAUGUGUGGAUACAACAGGAACAUGUACUGAAACCACAUGUCUUUUAUGUACACUUUCUACGCUCCGUCGCACCGCUGCUCUCUCCAACACCAUAUCAUUAUCAAUUACAAGAACGGAAUGGUAAUAUAGAAGAUGAAUCUCCAGAAUGGUUACCUUACCGAAUUACGAAAGCAUUAUAUGAUGAAUUCCGUCUGGAUUAUUGUCGUAUUAUGUCACCGCUCUAUCAUGAUCGUAUACGGCACUAUGUAAUGUCAUUACAUGCAUUAGAAAAGGCUACACAGACGGUACCAACAGGAUCUGCAGAAAUAUAUAUAUUACCUUUACUUACAGAUCUACAAGAUACCAUAACAGAACAGUAUUUUCAAUUAGGUGAACGUGGGAAUAUUCUGAAUUCUGUUUUUUCACCACCACUUGUGCCAGCCGUAGAAAUGGCGAAACGACGAACACACUUUUACGAAGAGACAUUUCGUUCAUUAAAUUCUCUCAUCUGUGAUGCCGUCACACAUGAAUUUCUUUUUACUUUCAUGUUUUUUGAUGGAGAUAUGUCUGUUUUUGUCGAUGUCUUUAAACCAACUAUUCAAUUUAUAAUAGACUAUGUAGCGGAGGUAUUACUUGGUCAAGGUGAUGGUACAGUCUUUCGCCUUAUUCGAGAAGAAUAUCACUACGCCUCUGUUAAUACAAACUGCCGCUAUGAUUGUUAUGGAUUAUUACUGCUGAUUCGCCUUUGUCAUGACUUUCGUUCAUGCAUGCGAGAUGCGAGACGGUUAAGUUGUUUGGAGGGAUUUUAUGAUUCGUUGCUUCUACUCCUUUGGCCGUUAUUUCAACGUACAUUUGAACGUCAAAUGCUUGCACUACGAUCUGCAGAUGUGGCGAGUCUUGCACGUAUGGCCUUACGCAGAGGAAAAGGCCGUAUAUCUGGUACUGGUAAUAGUAAUAGUAAUAGUAAUAAUAAUGGUGAUAAUAAAUAUGCGUGGGUGCCAUUUGUGCAUCCGCUUACGAAACGGUAUGCGGCUUUCGCUACUGCUCUUGUAACCAUCAGUCGUACAUCUGACGUUAUUGUAGAAUCAAGUAGUAGCCGAAGAUCAUCCUCUUCGAUGAAUGGAACAAUGAAAACAACAGCGAAAGCGGAAGUCCCAACAGAAGGGGAAACAGAAGCAAAAGAUAGUAGUGAUACUACUACUACUACUACUACUACUACUACUAAUACUACUACAACGAAUAUGGUUAAUAAUGGGGAUGGAGAUGUAUUGGAUUUUGCUGAACUCCAACGUGUUGCAUGGCGUAUGGUGGAGGAAGAAAUUGCGAGUGAUGCGGCGGAUAGUGCCUCUCGUUUUGCUGUUCUCGUUGGUAAUCUUUCGUUUAUGCGAGUGGAGAUUGUACGAUUGCUGCAGGAGAUGGGCCGUCACCUCGCCGCACAUGAUGUGAAACAUCCUGAAAUGCAGCACCUUCACGGAAUUGCGUUUCUACUAAACAACAUUUAUUGGAUUUUAUCUGUGUGGCGCACAUCUUCUAUUCAUACAGCUUCUCUUACUGCUGCUACUACUACUAAUACUACUACAACUAAUACUACAACUACUGCUGGUUCUUCGACGACAGAGAGAGAUAGAGAUGUUGAUGUUAACAGUGAUACUGCUAUGGAACUAUUUGGUGAUGACUAUGUUGCCCUACAGGAGUUGCAGCGAACACAACGUGCGGAGUUUGUUGAAUCUCUUGUUCGCACCUAUUUCCGAUCUGUACAUCAUAUUGUACAGCACGACGAACUAGCAGAGCAAAACCCAGCGGAAGUACUUGCAGUGGCGGAUGCAUUUACGCGUGAAUGGAAGCGUAAAUUAGAUGACAUGUGCGUUUCGGUCUGUUCAAUGUUAUGUGAUGUGACACAUGAGGGAGAAAUCCUUGCGCAGGUGUGUAUGGAAGUAUUGCUGUGUAAUACUCGUUUUCACUCUUGUGUAUCCCGGGCUGUGGAGGCUUCUGUGGGAAUCGCAGAAGAUGCGAGGCGUCCGCUUCGAUCCUUUAUAGUGACGAAUCAGCAGAUGCUACAACACAUGAGGACACUUGCAACAAUGGUUGAAGACGGUGAGGAUGAAGAGAAGGAAGAUUUGAAUGAGUGA